AUGCAUCACAUCAUCAUCGGCGCCGGACCCACCGGGGUCGUGGCCGCCGAAACGCUGCGCAAGCUGGACGCCAAAUCCCGGAUCACCAUCAUCGGGGACGAGCCCGAGGCGCCCUACUCGCGCAUGGCUAUCCCCUAUCUCCUGAUCGACCAGAUCGACGCCUCGGGCACCCACCUGCGCAAGGGUGACGGGCACUAUGCCGACCGCAACAUCGAGGUGCGGCAGGAUCGCGUGACGCGGGUGCAGCCGGAGCGCAAGAGCCUCUCCCUGCAGAGCGGCGCCGAGGUGUCGUACGACAAGCUGCUGAUCGCCACGGGUUCGCGCCCGGUGUCGCCGCCGGUGCCCGGCAUCGACGCCCCCGGCGUGCACGCCUGCUGGACGCUGCAGGACGCCCGCGACAUCAUGCAGCGUGCUCAGGCGGGCGCCAAGGUGGUGCUCAUGGGCGCCGGAUUCAUCGGCAGCAUCAUUCUGGAAGCGCUGGCCGAACGCGGCACCGAUCUAACGGUCGUUGAAAUGGAGGAUCGCAUGGUCGAGGCCAUCGAGUCCGGCCAGCCGCUGACGGUCAGGCUCAACAACGGCAACACGCUGGCCGCCGAUCUGGUCAUCGCGGCGACGGGCGUGCGGCCCAACAUCGACUUCCUGGAAGGCUCCGGCAUCCGCACCGAUCACGGCGUGCUGGUGGAUACGCAUCUGGCGACCAGCGCCGCUCGACGUGCCAUUCAGCCGACCGCUGCGGAUCACGGUCGCAUCGCCGCCAGCAACAUGGCCGGCCGCACGCAGACGCACCGCGGCAACCUGAACAUGAACGUGCUGGACACCCUGGGGCUGAUUUCCAGCUCCUUCGGCGCCUGGAUGGGGGUUGAAGCCGGGGACUCGGCGGAACUUCUGGACGCCGGGCGCUUUCGCUACCUCAACUUGCAGUUUGAGGACGACCGUCUGGUGGGCGCCAGCAGCCUGGGCCUCACCGAGCACGUCGGCGUGAUCAGAGGACUCAUUCAAACGCGGGUGCGGCUGCGCGGGUGGAAGCAGAAGCUCAUGCAGGACCCCACCCGGAUCAUGGAGGCUUACCUGGCCAACACCCUGGCGAUUGGACACAACGCAGGCGUUCUAUGA